AUCUUGCAAUUCAAAACCUUGACCUAUAGGUUUAGGCAAUGCAGUGUGGAGAUGUUAUGUACUGUUGAUCUAGUCUCUUAGGAUAGCGACCCUAUUUUAAUGAGCGAUUUAGUUUCUGUGACUUAAAAUGUUUUUCUGUCAUUUCCCAGAUUUAUUGCAUUAUUAUAUUCAAGAUUCUUGGGCGUGAACUCUCUCUGUUCAGGCUGGUAGCAUUAUUACUCUGGUCCCUCCACAUCAAAAAGAAAAAAUAGAAAAUUCCUUUCCGUACAUCAUGUUCUUGCUAUUUAAUAUGUUGUUUAAAUCUUUUUCUCCUUUGAGCCGUUUUGUUUAUGUUCUUUCGGACUUAGGUGUUUGCUUUUGGUUUUGUGUUGAUGGAGGAAAUCAUCAGUAGCUGUUGAACUGCGAAGUUUAUGGAUGCAGUCCAACAUCUGUUUUCUUAGUCAAUUCCGAAAUUGUUUCUAUGGGAGGAGCUGUUGAAGACGGAAUUGGUAUUAAUGGCAAAACUUCUCCUAGACAAGCAGAAAUUGAGAAGAGUCAAGCAGAGCUCAGGCAAGAGUGUGAGAUUCGGGACAAAACGAAAAAAGAGUUGGAAUUUCUUUUGGAAGGUGGCAAUCCUUUAGAACUUGAGAGUGGGAAUGCUGCUUCAGUUAGUGUACAAUCUACUUCGUUUGCUGAACAACAUGCUGAUCAACUUGUGACCAGUGAAGCAAAAGGUAGUUUUGCAUUUUCCGCAUCGCCUCAUGGAGACUCUGUGGAAAGUAGUGGUAGACUUGGGACAAAUCCUUGUGAACCAAAUAGUGCGGACAAUCUUUUGUUAUUUGAUGCUGAAUGUGAGUUAUCUGAGGGCAAUAGGAUGCCAUCACAUCCUAGUAGGAGUAACAUAGUGUCAUCAGAAAAGUUAUCCCAUACUGGUAGCAUGAGUAGAAUUGGGGAACAUGGGGAUUCAACUGUUUUUGACCGCCCCAGAAAAGCAUAUAAGAGGCGGUACAGGUCCCAACCAAAUCGUGAUGGAACUAGGUCAAGUUCAACUGAUGUAAAUCCAACACAUGGCAUUCAUAGGUCUUCUAUACCCUCUCGUCAUGAACCCAAGGAUGCUAAAGGGUUGAUGUCUGAUUUAGAAAACCCAAUUAUAUCAUCGAAUUCUAAUUCAAAGCCUGCUAGUCCAGUAGAUAAUACCCUUCACAAGACUGGAUUUGCGGGUAGCCAGCAGGAUAUCGAGUUAGAUGGCACAAAGGCUGUAGAACCAACUAAAGAUCUAACAGAAGGUCAUUCAUUGAAUUCAGCAUUAGAUGCUACUGCUUGUGAAAUACCAUUCCAUAUUCAACAUAGCCAGCAAUCUCCCUCAGUUCUGGGAACUCCCAUUCAGUUGGAUUCGGAUGGACCCCAGACCAUUGCGGCAUUUGAGCAGGUGAGUUUUGCAGAUAUUGAGUGUCAGCCAGGUGUGACUGCUAUUAAAAUUGAGAACAAAUCCAAUUCCCAUAUGAUGAAUGGUUUCAGCAGCAAAAAGGGUGAGAGCACGAGACAUGAUGCUCAUAACGGUGCCUCAUGCGGCAUGAAGGGAUUGGAUUCUGAGUCCUCCUGCACUGAACCCAGCCAAAGUAUUAAUGGAACUAAUGAUGCUGAUACUAAAAUGAGAAGUACUGACUCAAAUGGGCAGAUUAAAGAUCAAAUCUCAGUACCAGAUAAGGUUCCAGUUCUUGGAGGUGAUGAGUCAGUGAAAGAAAAGAAAGAAAGUGGUGCCAACAGUUCUGCUCUUGUCACUGUGGAGAGCUCUGUUACCUAUCGAACUGAGCUAGAGGAUGGAGUAAAACUCCAUCCAGAGAAAGAAUUGAAUGUGAAUGGAUCUUCUUUUGAAAACAAGGUGAAAGACCAAACUGAUUAUGGAGAAAUAGGAGCUAGCAAACUCAUUGAAUCUGACUCAGGAAGGAAAUUCGCUGACCUGUCCGGUGAUCAAGCUGGUGUGAGUAAUGAAAGUCCUUGCUCUCUUAGGCACCAGGAUUCUAUUGAUAUGUCAGUUCCAGAUAUUCCUGGGGGUGGAUCGUCGAUUGCGGUUUCUACUGCUCCCAUGGAGGCUCACACAUCUCCAGGGUCUGAUUCGAAAUUGAUAAGAACAGUUGAUGAAGACUCAAUCUUGAAAGAAGCAAAAAUCAUAGAGGCCAAGCGAAAGAGGAUAGCUGAAUUGUCUGUUGCGAACUCCCCAAAGAAAAUUCGCCUUAAAUCUCAUUGGGAUUAUUUGCUUGAAGAAAUGGCAUGGUUGGCAAAUGAUUUCGCACAGGAGCGUAUUUGGAAAAUAGCUGCUGCAGCUCAAUUGAGUUCUAAGGCUGCUUUUACUUGUCGUGCGACAAAACAAGAGAGUCGCUUUCACUUGGAGGCAAAGAAAAUUGCUCAUUCAUUGGCAAAAUCUGUCAUGGAGUUCUGGCAAUUAAUUGAGGAGAAAAGCAAAGUACUGGACCAGCAGGGCCAAGGAGAGGACGGACAUUCUGUUCAGGCUUACGCAAUGAGAUUACUUAAAUAUAAAAAUUGCUGUAUCGUCUAUAAUCCACCUAAGGUGCCGCUGACACCAGAUGCAGUACUUGAUGUGGGAAUCCUUGACCUGUCAUGGAAGGAAAACUUGAUGGAAGAGAGUCUCUUCUACACAGUCCUUCCGGGAACCAUGGAGACCUACAGAAGUUCAGUUGAAUCACAUGUAGCCAAGUUUCAGAAACUAGAGGGUGGCAUGAUAGAGGAAGUGGAAACCUCCACAUGCGAUGCCGCUGAAGUGUUCCCUUUGACCGAAAGCAUUGAUUCUUAUGAUUAUGCAGAUGAGAAUGAGAGAACAGAUACAUAUGACAUGUCAAUGGCCUUUGAUGAUAGCAAGAAUUAUGGAUUCGGGCAAAAGAAGCAGAAAGACAUGAUACAUGCAUAUGGUUCCAGACCAUAUGAAGUAAGCUCUGAUGUAUCACACAUGCAAGGUGCUGAAAACAAAGUUGUGCAUCAAUCUUCUUUACUGGGAAAACGGCCAGUUGGCAACCUCAAUGCAUCAAUACCUACAAAACGUGUUCGAACUGCUUCUAGGAGAGUUGUUAGCCCUUUUAGUGCAGGAACAUCUGGAUUCCCUCCGGCAAAUAAAACAGAUGCUUCUAGCAGUGAUACCAAUUCAUAUCAGGAUGAUCAGAAUAUACUGCAAGGGGGUUCGCAUACUCCAUAUAAUGUGGAAGUUGAAUCAGCUGAGAAGUUUGAGAAGAAAUUAGCAAUUGGAUCUGCUGAAGUAAUGAUGAAGCAUAAAAAGAAGAAAGCAAAGCAUUUGAAUGCUGCAUACGAGGCGAGAUGGCAGGUUGAUUCUACAUUUCAAAAUGAGGAGUUUCAGAGAGAUCACUUGAGGAAGAGUCAUCAAAAUGAAAAUAAUUGCAGCAGUGGUUUAUUGGGUCAACCCAUGGCAAAGAAGCAGAAAACUAUGCGGCAGUCACAGGAUUACUCUUUAGAAACUAUUACACCAAUUGGUGGGUCUGUUCCUUCUCCAGUGGCUUCCCAAAUGAGUAACAUGUCCCAUUCAAAUAAGUUCAUUAAAAUGCUUGGUGGACGGGAUCGGGGUAGGAAACAGAAGCUUCUGAAGAUGUCUGCUGGACAGCCAGGUUCAGGAAGUCCAUGGACACUCUUCGAAGACCAGGCUCUUGUUGUCCUUGCUCAUGACUUGGGCCCGAAUUGGGAGCUCGUCAGUGAUGCUAUGAACAGUACUCUUCAGUUCAAGUGCAUAUUUCGGAAAUCUAAGGAGUGCAAAGAGAGACACAAUUUUUUGAUGGAUAGAACUUCUGGUGAUGGAGCAGACAGUGCCGAAGAUUCUCGAUCUUCUCAACCUUAUCCUUCUACUUUACCUGGCAUUCCCAAGGGAAGUGCAAGACAGUUAUUUCAACGUCUACAGGAGCCAAUAGAAGAAGAUACCCUCAAAUCUCACUUUGAGAAGAUCAUCAUUAUUGGUCAGAAACAACAUUACCGCAAAACGCAGAAUGAUAACCAGGAACCAAAGCAACUCCAGCAACCUCACAGUUCUCACACUGUAGCUCUUUCACAAGUUUGUCCGAAUAACUUGAAUGGAGGACCCGUUUUAGGCCCUCUGGACCUAUGUGACUUCAUUGCUGAGAAUGAUAUGCUUCCCCUCGGGCAUCAAGGGCCACAUUCUGGUGGAUUAGCCAUUCCAAAUCAGGAAACUGUGACUCCAAUGAAUCCUGCAUCAGGUUUCACUUCCUCAUUGCAAGGGUACCCAUCUUUGAUAGUAGGCAGUAACUUUCCAUCAUCUCCAUCGUCUCUCAAUUCCUCACUCAGAGAUGCUAGGCACGGGCCUCCCAGACCUGCGCUAUUGCCGGCUGAUGAGCAGCAGAGGAUGCAACAAUAUAAUCAGAUGUCUGGCAGGAGUUUGCCUCAACCCAAUGCUUCUUCUCCUGGAGCUCUUGCAGGGACAGAACGUGGUGUUCGUGUGCUUCCUGGCGGCAGUGGCAUGGGUUUAGUGAGUGGCGCUAACCGAGGUAUGUCGAUUACUAGACCUGGUUUCCAAGGAAUUACAUCACCACCUGUUGUCAAUUCUGGAAGUGUGGUCUCCCCUGGUAUGCCACCACCGAAUAUGCAUUCUGGAGUGGGCUCUGGUCAGGGAAGUUCAAUCUUGAGGCCUCGUGAAGCUUUGCACAUGAUGCGACCUGGUUUGGGUCAGGAUUCACAGAGGCCAAUGAUGCAGGCUGACCUUCAAAUGCAGUCCCCACCAGGAAACAGCCAAAUGUCCCACCACAUUAGUGGGUUGAGUUCUCCACUGGUGCCAUCAUACCCUCUUCACCAUCCAACAUCUCCCCAGCCUCCUCAGGCACUUAGUCCACGUCACCAUUUGCCUGGGCCCACCACAAACCAACAACAAGCCUACGCAAUGCGCCUGGCUAAAGAGAGGCAGCAGCAAAACCGUUUUCUACAGCAACCCCAAAUCAGUGUCUCAAAUUCACAUAAUAUCCACCCAACACCUCAACUCCCCUUGCAGAACAAUCCGCAAUUAUCACUUUCCCCUACGAAUUCAAUGAAUCAGCAAGCACCCGCUCAGGGUAAUGCGCCAGCUGGCAGCACCCAUCAGAUCCCCAAACAACGGCAGAGGCAGAAACAGAAUCAAUCGUCACAAGCCAAUAAUAGGCCACAUCCUCAGCAGAAGCAACAAACUCAAUCUCAACAGCUGGCUAAUAAUAAUAAUAAUAAGGUGGCCAAGGGAGUUGGAAGAGGGAACUCUUUGCUGCAACCAAAUGUCCCGAUCGACCGUGCCUCCAUGAACGGGAUUUCUACCACUCCAGGAAAAUUUGUUCCUCCACAAAAAAACCAUCCAGGCCAAGGUGCACCGUCGGCCAAGAAUUUACAUCAAGUGGCCUCUCUUACAGAUAAGAACAGCUUAGGUCAAGUCCAGGUGACUAAUAAUCAGUUGCCUGUUCAAAGAGUGGUCCAACAGCCGAAUAGACCACAAGCAAAAGAUCCCAGUAGUGAUAAGCAUCUGACGAGCAGCUCGACUGAAUUGGACCAAAUGAUUACAUUACCCCCUUCCACAAGCAGUGCAAGUGCUCAUCAGUGGCAGGCUUCAGAACCGUUAUUGGAUUCGGGGACAAAUACGAGUUCAGUGCCUUUGAAAGCUAGUGGGUCUGCUACUCAGAACUCACAGUAGUGACAGCUGUCGCCACAACAUUUGCAGCUGAGGGGAGAAAGCUCUUUGAUUUGCUGAACCAGAAUUUGUGUGGUGGGCCCUGGUGACUGUGUAGAUUGGAAUGAGGCCUGGAAAAAAGGGAUGGUGCGACUGUGACUGUGUUGCUGGUCAGCGUCUGGUUCGGCAUAUGCUUGGGAUGUCGGUACACAGUGAAUAUUGUGGGCCUGAUUCGUGGUAUGGCCAAGUUUACAGUUAUCUUGCAAAUCAUGACGACCACACUGGGCAGUUUGAAUUUGGAGAAUAUUAUACACUAAAAAACGAGCUGAGGCUUCCGAGAAGAUAGAGACAGAGUAGAGGUAGAUGUGUACAGUGUCCUGUCUCUCCUUUUGUAGCCUUUAUUUUGUUCCAUUAUGCCCAUUUGUUUUUCUGCUCGGUCGAGGGGCAUAUUGUUUUGCGCUUGCAUAGAUCAGUCAUUGUAUUUUGCAUCCUGUAUGUUGGAGAGGGUUAGUUAUGAAUUUUUUUAGUGAAUAUAUUAGUGUCGUUAUCUUUAGUUCUGCCUGUUGAAAUAUUGAUUGUCCACGCAUCCUUAACUUCCUCGGCUAACUGUAAAUUCUUCAAACAGCUAAAUGAAAAGGUCUUGUUGUUGCCUUUUAUGAUCGGUUGAUCACAAUUUGCCCUUUUUCA